AUGUCUUCAUUGCCAAACUUCCCAAUUCCAUCGCAGCUCUCGAACGAGCAAUUUCUACAGCAAUGGGCGCCCAACACGGCAACUUCCGGUGUAAAUCAACCAAACCCGAACAGCGCUGCGUUUACGGCUGGCGAUGAUGGGACUGGGCUAAUGUCAAACCAACUUACCAGACGACCCGGAAACAACCAGAUAAUCAGUCGGGCUAGGAUGGGAGAUCAAAACUUGGUACCGAUGAUGGAUCAAAACUCGCUGAGCAUGAAUGAUGUUGGCAAUUCAGGAACUGGCGAGACUGAGGAAGAGAUGAGACAGAGAGCUCUUAGAGUCAAGAAGGAAUCGCUGGCCAAGCGAAAACAUAUUCCUCCUUUCAUUCAGAAGCUGACCAGUUUCCUCGACGAUUCGAAAAACGCAGAUUUAAUUCAGUGGUCUGAGGAUGGAAACUCGUUCAUUGUCCUGGAUGAGGAUGAGUUUGCGAAAUCGCUGAUACCCGAACUCUUCAAGCACAACAACUAUGCCUCGUUUGUACGGCAAUUGAACAUGUAUGGCUUCCACAAGAAGGUUGGACUAUCAGACAACUCGAUGAGAGCUAGCGAGAGGAAGAAUAAGAGCCCCAGUGAAUAUUCGAACCCUUACUUCAAACGUGGACAACCCGACCUCCUGUGGCUGAUCCAAAAGCCAAAAAAUGUAUCCGGCCAAGGCAGAGGAGGCUCAAAGGGCGGCCGUGUCAAGCUGGAGCCUGAUGUGGAUGAUGCCGAAGGUGAAGAAUUUGGAGAAGAAGGUGGCGGUGGUCCAAGCGGUGCUGGAGGCCGAGAAGACAAAUCACGGUUCAGAGGCCAGCUUGCUCUCGGGUCGGGAGAAGGGAUGUUACAUGGAGAUCAGCUGACGGAUGUCUACCGUGAGCUGCAAGCCAUUCGGCAUCAGCAGCAUGUUAUCUCGAGCACGAUCCAGAAGCUACGAAGGGAUCAUGAACAAUUGUAUGAGCAGGCUGCGAAUUUCCAGGAACAACAUACCCGUCAUGAAAACUCGAUCAACGCCAUCCUCACCUUUCUAGCUACUGUUUACAACAGAAGUUUACAGGGCCACGAAGGUGCUCAGGGGCUAGCUAACUCAUUUGCUGGAGCUAUAUCCCAGGACCACCAGGGCCUGUCAGGCAAUAUUGUCGACGUUGAUGAGCUGGCAGAUAACUAUGAGUCGGAGCUCACUCCCAACCAGCCACCGUUUAAGAAGCAGAGACUUCUCCUUGGAGCACCGCCCACUCGCGAUGGCCAAAGGCAUAAUACCCUGUCUCCAAAUCCGGCCAACAGUGCGUAUGUUGGCCAUCAACGCAGUAGCAGCUCUGGCCCUCACAAGGUCAGUGUCCAGCCAGUCUCUGAAGUAGAGGAGCUGUUUGACCCUACCAGCCCGAUGACCAGCACUGCUCCAGCUCAGCAGCAACCGCAAUUACAACGCCAGGGUCAGCCCCGGCAGACACCACAACCACAGACACAGGCGCAGAACCAGAACCUUACACACCCUCACCCCAAGCACCAGGGCAGUCCCGGUCACCUCCCACAACGAGACAUCAUGUCCCUUAUCCAGAACUCCAACGCACGCAGCAGCUUCUCUACUAACCCUUCCGACUUCCCUACUGUGCUGUCCUCCCUCGAAACGUCUGGCGGCAACUCACCUCUUACUCCUGCUCAGCGUGCUGACAUGCUCCGCUUAAUCUCAAAUGAGAACAAUGCUGCCCAUCCAACGGGUGGCCAACCGCAGAACAAUGCCUUGAUUGCGCCCAACGCGCCUCAGAUGCCGUCCAACUACUCAGCUCAGCUUGCUAAUACACGCUCUGAGCUGGACAACCUGGUGAAGAUGCAGGCCGAGCAGGCUAGAUCUGUGCAACACCUGACGAACAUGCUACAGCCGCUUAGUCCUACGGGCUCCAUCCCAGGAAUAGACAACACCCAGAUACCGCCUCCACCACUUGACCUAGACAACAUCUUCAAUAGCGGCGACUACUUCUCUGACAUCCCUGGCGUAGAGAACAACUCUUCCAAGGAUAGCCAAAACCAGGCAGAUCCCAACAACGCUGCCGCAACUACCACUGCAGGAGGAAAGAAUGAUAACAGCAAUAAUAAUAACAACAAUAACAGCAAUAACAAUAUCACUGCUACGGCUGACAACAACCAAACAGAUGACUUGUUCGAUUUUGACACUCUGGCUGCCGACCCGUCAGUCGACCCAUCGCAGCCAACCCCGAACUUCUUCGACACGUUUGAUCAGUUCGACGGCGCGUCCAGCCAUGGCCUAAGUGGUCUUGGCGAUGUUGGUUCUACCAAUAUGAACAUGAAUAGCAAUGAUAAUAACAAUCUAGGUAGCGGUGUCGGACGGGAUCUGGACCGUAACAGGGUCACAGAGACGUUCACUAGCAGCGAGGCAACGAGUCCUGCUAACACGCUGGUCGAUGAUAAUAGCCAGAACCACAGUCAGAACCACAGCCGGAGCCAGAGCCAGAGCCAGAGCCGAGGAGGAGACGGCAGCACAGGACAUACCCACGGCAGUCCACAGAUGAUGCAGAGACGCAGUGCUCGGAACCAGCGAUGA